GCGGCCAUUCCCACUAGCCCUUUCUUAGAAACUUCACAGCUGGAGCUGGACCAUCUUCGGCAGGUGGCUGACUUCCUACUAGCUUUGCUGCUGCCAUCCGAGUAUGCCCUCUGCAUUUCUGUGCGUCAUCUGCUGCGUGAAAUCCUGGCUUGCCUAGUUUUUCAGCCAACAGUUGACCUGAUAACUGAUCCCGAUUACAUCAACCAAAAGCUGAUUGCUUACCUGCAGUGGCUUCAAGCAGAAAAUGAAAAGCACAGUCGAACAUACGCAUAUGCUGAGACAUGGGAGGACUUUAUUUUUGUUAUCGAUACCUGCACUGACCCCCAAGACUUGAAACGUAUGCGAUUCAACAUUGUAUCGGAAAUUAUGCAAGCUACCACUGCCAACAACCUGAAGAAAGCACGUGGCAUUAGUGAAGAUAAGCAGUACGAAGCACCAAGUACAGCUAAAGGAGACCUGUUGCAGUCAAGGAAUUUGUCCAAAUACAUCAAACAGCUGACAUAUGCCAAGGCACGAUGUGAGAAACAGCUCAAGUUAGUUGGAGGAUUAGACUGUUAUUCGCCUUCCGAAGAGCAAGAAAGCCUUCCAGGGCGCAAGGUAUUUGCAUUUUCAGUUCUUAUGGAGUCGCCUGUAUGUCGAGAGUACCUGGCCAGAUUCUUGCAAGGUGAAGAGGUGGGAAAGUCAUUGCUCUCGUUCUGGCAAGACAUUGAGAACAUGAAACUCUCCAGCAAAGAUGAAUGGCAUCAGCUGGGCAAUGAGAUUUACCAGACAUACAUCAAGCGUCCACGUCCGGGGAUACGGCUUUCAAAAGGCGUCCUCAAGGGCAUAGAGGCUUUCAUUAUGGCCAAUAAGCUGGCCAUUGACAUGGAGAAGCCUGAGGAACCAGACUACACUGCCUUGCGAGUUCUCGACGCAGACGUAACUGUGCCACCACGAAGCAGUGUGCUGGUUCACGUUUCGACCAGCCACGGCCUGGCAAAUGGUGAGGCGCAGCUUGGCCGUGACGUCACCAUGGAGAUAAAGCUGGAUCUGAUCCAUGGCAUCAAUCAAGAGUGCUGGCGAGGUGUGUACAAACACGAUCCAAUGGGCGCCCGCUUUAAGUACUUUGCGGACGGCUGCUGCAACUUUGCAAACUACUCUGUCCGUGGAUUCGAAGGAGUGACUUCGUUUGAGACGUCCCUUUCAAUUGCGGACAAGGCGAUGGCCCCAAAACACUCGUGUAGAAAACCCUUUGACGCCUGGUGCAGCCCUAUCGGCAAGCAGGGCUUCAUCUUCACUGGAUGA